AUGCUUCUCAAACCAAAGCUCACGGUUCACCUAGAAAGUACAGGCUACGGUCCCUCAUCGGCCCUUGUCGCCCAAGGGCCAACACCGACGAGCCCUGCCCUACCCUGCCAUCCGGAUCCUGUCCACCCCUCCAUUUUUGGUCUGGUGCUCUGUGCGUCUAGCUUGCACUGCACCUCAACCCGCGCACCAAAGCACAUCAGACGGGACGGCAUUCUGUGCCUAUCAUCGGCUGCUGCACAAGACUGGAGCAUCACCCUGCGACUUCGCACCAUGCAGUCCUUAAGCAGUAUGCAAUACUCCCUCCUCUACCAUUCGCCCAAGGCCAAGGCUUCACCACCUCGUGGUCCGGACCUGGCCGAGGAGAAAAGUGAUUGA